UUGUGAUUCAGCCACAGACCACUGACCCGUGGUCAGUACCUUCGCAAAUAUUUCAAUUCAAGUCGAACGAUGAAUGGAAAUCAAGUGUUGUAAAUAAAAAAUUUUAAUUAUUUAUCAUCACAUUGAAACAUGGCACUUAACAAGUUUAUGCAUCCUCGCAAUAUUUACAAAACUCCUCCAGACUUUGCUAAGCUGGCAAAAACAAAUGAAGAAUUUUCCGGUGUAGCUAAAGUGGAUAUCAGUGGCAAAGUUAGUAUUGAUUUUAAAAAUCCACAUUCGUUAAGAGUUCUUACAAAAUGUUUGUUGAAGACUGACUUCAAUCUAGAUGUAGUUAUUCCUGAAGACCGUCUUGUACCAACACUGCCUCUUAGGCUGAAUUAUAUACUAUGGAUUGAAGAUUUAAUUAGUACUAUCAAUAAAAGUGAGCCAAUUCUAGGACUUGAUAUUGGUACUGGAGCAUGUGCAAUAUAUCCCUUAUUGGCAGCAGUGAAGAAUAAGUGGCAUAUGGUGGGAACAGAAACAGAUGCUGAAAGUUUAAAGCAAGCCAGAGAUAAUAUAAUUAGGAAUAAUUUACAACACCUUAUUGAAAUCAGAGAGAAUACUACCGAAUUGGUAAUUGAAAACAUGUUCAUGGAUGAAAAUAGUCAAACUUUUGACUUUUGCAUGUGUAACCCACCAUUCUACACAAACAUGCAGGAACUGUGGGAAUCACGUAGCCCAGCCAGACCUGAACCUAAAAAUGGCUUUACUGGUUCACCACACGAGCUCAUAACUGAAGGUGGAGAAUUGCAGUUUUGUCGAAAAAUAUUAGAGGAAAGCAAGUUGCAUAAAGACAAAAUUCUAAUAUUUACAACUAUGGUUGGUCAUAAAUUUAAUUUGAAGGAAUUAGUAAUUGAUUUAAAGGCAGUUGGUAUAACAUAUACUACAACAGAGUUCUGUCAAGGACGGGUAACAAGAUGGGGACUAGCCUGGACAUAUCAAAAUUACGAUUUUUCUACAAUUUAUUCACCAAAAGACAAGUUACCGAAGAAAAGAGCACCAAUUUUAUUUUCUUUACCAGAAUUAAAAGAUUGUAGUGAUAAUAUAGAAAAGUUAAAGAGAAUACUAGAAAAUCUUCAGAUUUCUCAUAAGGUAAUAACGAAACGAAAAACCGAUUUAAUGCUUGAUGUAAUAGCAUUUUCCAAUACAUGGUCUAACCAGCGUCGUAAAAGGAGAAUUCUAAAACGUUUGUCAGAGGACCCAGUGAAAAAGGCAAGAUUGAAUUUAAAAAAUCAAUCUGAUGAAUCAUCAGAGAAAGAGAAGGAGGAAAUAAGUAAAUCAAAUGAAACUAUUGUAACAAAAAGUAUAGAAAGGGCAGAGGAAAAUACAAGCAAUAAUGUAUCUUAUAAUAAUUCAAUAGAAAAGCAUAAAGAAGCAGUUGUCCAUGCAUUAAUGAAAAUAUUUAAAAAAGAUGAGCUUGUAAAUAUUGAAAUGGAAUUCAUAAAUGGUAGUGCUGGUAAAGAAGGGUUACAUCAAAUAGUUCAGUACAUUAAAAACAAUUGGAAAUAA